AUGUGUUUAUUUAAGAUAAACUGGAGAGUAUUGUUUUGAGCACCGAUCUGCCUCUGCGAGAUUAGUAACGUUUGAUCAACGACAAUCUGAAGCUGUGAUACUCUUCAAAUGGUUCAGAACAGUAUGUUAAAGACCCCCUCAACUUCUCAAGAAAUCCACAUGGACACACUUGAAAACCCCAGUAUACAGUCUCGUGGAAAAGGAGCGCGCAGAAAAGGCAGGUUUAAAGGCUCCGAUGGCAGCACCUCAUCAGACACCACCUCCAACAGCUUCGUCCGACAGGGUUCGGCGGACUCCUACACCAGCCGUCCAUCAGACUCGGAUGUUUCUCUGGAGGAAGACAAGGAGGCGGUUCGUAGAGAGGCAGAGAGGCAGGCCCAGGCACAGCUCCAGAAAGCCAAGACUAAGCCGGUAGCGUUUGCUGUUCGCACAAAUGUCAACUACAGCGCCAAUCAUGACGACGACGUCCCAGUGCCAGGCAUGGCUAUUUCUUUUGAAGCUAAAGACUUCCUUCACGUCAAGGAGAAAUUUAAUAAUGACUGGUGGAUCGGACGGCUGGUGAAGGAAGGCUGUGAAAUCGGGUUCAUCCCCAGUCCUGUGAAGCUGGAGAACAGGCGGAUCUGCCAGGAGCACCGAGCCAAGCAGGGCAAGUUCCACUCCAGUAAAUCUGGAGCAAACUCCUCCACCAGUUUAGGUGACGUCGUUCCAAAUUCAAGGAAAUCGACCCCUCCUUCCUCUGCCAUUGACAUAGACGCCACUGGUUUAGACCCCGAAGACAAUGAGCUUCCAGCCAACCAGCGCUCCCCUAAAGCCAGCCCAAACACUGUCAUGUCUCCCCUAGCAAAAGAAAAGCGAAUGCCCUUCUUUAAGAAGACAGAACAUAUUCCUCCAUAUGAUGUUGUGCCUUCCAUGCGUCCUGUGGUUUUGGUGGGGCCCUCCUUGAAGGGCUAUGAGGUGACAGACAUGAUGCAGAAAGCGCUAUUUGACUUUUUGAAACACAGAUUUGAAGGGAGGAUAUCCAUCACGCGGGUCACAGCCGACAUCUCACUUGCCAAACGCUCAGUAUUGAACAAUCCCAGCAAACACGCCAUAAUCGAGCGGUCCAACACGCGCUCCAAUCUGGCCGAGGUCCAGAGCGAGAUCGAGCGGAUAUUCGAGCUGGCGCGGACGCUGCAGCUGGUGGUGCUGGACGCAGACACCAUCAACCACCCCGCCCAGCUGGGGAAGACUUCACUGGCCCCCAUCAUCGUCUACGUCAAAAUCUCGUCCCCCAAGGUCCUACAAAGGUUGAUAAAGUCAAGAGGGAAGUCCCAGGCCAAGCACUUAAAUGUCCAGAUGGUCGCAGCUGACAAACUGGCGCAGUGCCCUCCCGAGAUGUUUGACAUCAUCCUGGACGAGAACCAGCUGGAGGAUGCGUGCGAGCACAUGGCUGACUACCUGGAGGCCUACUGGAAGUCCACCCACCCUCCCAGCUGCAACCCCCCCAACCCCCUGCUGGCCAAACUGGCCACGGCAGCCUUGCCCUCCAGCCCCGCGCCCAUCUCCAACCUCCAGGGGGAGCAGAAAGUUGAGAAGACAGUGGGGGAGAGGAAGGGCUCUCGAGAAGACCACGAGCACCACCACCAUCACCACCAUCAGCAGCAGCAGCAGCAACAAGAGCAGCAGGGUGAGGAGGGGGGGCAGGAGGGGGACGUGGAGGGGGAGGAGGAGGAGGAGGAGGAGGAGGAGGAAGAGGAGGAGAAACCCCUCCGGACUGAGCCCAAGCGACACCAGCACACCCACCACCGCUCCUCGACCAGCCGGACUGAGCACCACCACCACCACAGCAAGGCUGGCAAGGGCCUGUCCCGGCAGGAGACCCUGAACUCAGAGACCCUGGAGAGCAGGGACUCGGCCUACAUGGAGCCUCGAGAGGACCUGCCGGAGCAGGACGGCCGGGGGGGCGAGGCGGCUGUGGGCAGGGGGGUGGGGCCGGGGCGGCAGCGUCACGAGGAGGCCCCGCCCCCCCCACACCCGCACCGGGAGCACAACCAUCAUCACCACCACCACCAUCACCGCGGCGACGAGUCGCACACAGGACACCGCUCCAAGGAGCGCGAGCAGGACCACAACGAGCGCAACCGGCAGCGCAGUCACCACCACCACCGGCCCUCCAGGGACCACCACCACCACUACUACGACAGGGACAGGGACAGGGACAGGGACGGGGAGGUGACCGCCAAAAAGAGGGGGGACGCAGGCGAGUGGAACAGGGAUGCCUACAUUCACCAGUGAUGGGCCAACACACACACACACACACACACAGUACACAACACAAACCACACCUGCACACACACACACACAGUACACAUACACACAGUCCACAACACAAACCGCACCUGCACACACACACACACAGUACACAUACAUACAGUCCACAACACAAACCACACCUGCACACACACACACACACACACACACACACACAGUACACAUACACACAGUCCACAACACAAACCACACAUGCACACACACAUGCACACACACACGCACACACACACACAUACAGUACACAACACAAACCACACUUGCACACACAGGCACACACACACACACACACAGUGCCAAGACACACAUACAGUAUGCAGACACACACUCUCUCACACAUACACACACAGUGUAUACAGACAGAAACCUUUCACACACACACACAGAACACAGACAUGUGUACAUACAGUACACACACUCAUACAUACACAGUACAGAGACUCAACCACACAUUCACACACACAUACCCACACAGUGCACAAACAGUACACUCACUCACUCACUCACACUCACACCUCUGCCAUAAUGCUGCUCUGCUUCGUGACUCACCCAGGUCCCACACCCCUCCAGAAUCCCAGGAGCAAUCACCUGGUUGCAUUUCUGAGGAACAGGUGUUGCUGCCCCGGCAACGCCAUUAUUUUUAGAGGAUACAGACAUACGUGCUGCGUUCAUACAUGUUGUUGUCAUGUAUGCGUGUGCGCACGUGAGAACUUUCAUAACUAUAUACAUAUUUUAAAUGUGUGUUUAAUGAGCAUGGCACAAGGACAGAAUCCUCUGCUGUACCGAGCUGUACUUUCUGUGAUAGUUUCUUUCUUAUUGGCUUGAACAACUUGCAAUCAGACUACUGUUUUAGAGAUUAAUUUGAUUAGUGGAGAGCUGAUGCCAUGCAGUUGGCAUCAACUAAAGUUAAAGCUAUGUUUCAGUUAUUUAUGUAUUUUCUUGGGUUUCUUGCUUGCUAACGUUUUAGGUUUUUUAUUAUUAUUUGUGUUUUUUUUUAGGCCCUUUGAUACCCAUGCCUCCAUUGGGAUAUGUUUUGGUCUUGCCUUACAAAGAGGAAACAAAAAGUUACUAUUACACUGCAGUACAGUUCCAUUUGUAGGCUCCAGAGACAUUUUAUAAGAGUAAAACACUUCUUUUCAAAUUUUUACAAGCCAUUGUUGAUUUUUAAAUGUGUCAAAAUAAGCAGGGUUUAUCAUGGUCUUGUCUGAUUGUACCAGUCUUUGUUAACCAAGAAAUGCAUUCAGUAAGAUGACAUUGUGUAGGACUUAACUGAAUGCAUUUGAGGUACAGUAUCUGUUGAGUUUUCUUCCUCCUUUGUAAGGUUUUCUGGGAUAGAGUUUCACCUUGAAGUGUAUACUCCAAACAGGAAUUAAUCAGUGCUAUAUGCAUAAUGCAGUUCCUCCUAAAAUUUAAUGUGUGGUCGUUAAGUGAUUUUAAAAUGGCCGGUGGUCAGAAUAGCCAGCAGGAUUGGUUUGGUGAAUAUUUUCCAACCUUGAAUUGUCCUCUUUUGUUUUUAUUACAACAAUCUCCCGUCUAUCCUAAAUUAACUGGAUGAAAAGCUGAACUAUUUUUAUAUAUGUAGCAAGCAAGGAAGGAAGGUUGCAUAAUCCACUCGUCUCCCUGGUUUUUACAUUGAGAACCCAGCGUUUCUGCUCUCAUUUGUAACUUGUGUGAAGGCAUGUCUCUUCAUUUACUACAGAGGAAAAUUAUAAUCUGUGCAGGGUACUGUAUACAUCCAUUUGUGGAGAAAUAUGUUGGGGUUUUUUUUUUUCUAUACCAUUUCUAAGCAUUUGUAUAUACUUCAUGAUUGCCUUGGUAGAGGAUCAGUAGGAACUGUUGCACUGUAAAAUGGAUUUUAUUUAUUUAUUUAACUGUCCAAUUGGUGGCUGUGACAUACUGGUUUAUUUUAAACACGUGGGCCUCAGACUGAUUCAACAGGAGCCAAGUUCCAACCCUUUAGAUUUCAUUUUUUUAAUAGGUUUUUCUUUUGCCUGCAGCACGGUGUUUGAUUUCUUUUAUUUUGGUGAAGAAGCGUUUCACUUUCUGGCUUCACCUAAGAAGAGCACAGCAUCGGUCAUUCUGUUGACAGAACUAGUUCCUCGUUAAGAGGAGUGUGAUUCAUAUGCCCUCGUUUGGUGUGACUUGCAAUCCCAAAAUUUCUGCCCCUUCUCAAUUGUUUUUUUUUUUUUUAGUUUCUUCCAAUUUUUAGGUUCAAUGUCAAAUUCAUAAAUUUGCUACACUGGUAGCACAUUGCAUUUGUAAUAAUGUACAUUUUAAUGUACAUAAAUGUAUAAAAAGAAAAAAAUCUGAAAAUAAACUUGGCAACACAGGCAUAUGUAGAUUA